AUGGGAAAAUUGAAAGACAAGUUUUGGCAACAUGCUGAACAAUUGGAUAAUGGUUACUUCAAAUGUAAAUUUUGUGAAAAACAAUUUUACGAAGGGGUCACUAGGCUUAAGUAUCAUUUGGCUCGGGUUAGUGGUCAUGAUGUUGCCCCUUAUGAAAAAGUAACUGAUGAUGUUCAAGCACAAGGCAUUCUUCUUGUUAAUUCUGAAACAAGUAAUAAAAGACGUAAGGGUGAAAGUGGAACUUGUUCCAGUUCUUUUUCUAUGACUUCACGUGGUCAGAGGCAAUCCACAAUGGAAGAAGCCAUACCUAGUAUAGAUAAGCCAACUUGGGAAAACAGCCUCCGUGAAUUCUUUAUUAAAAACAACAUUCCUUUCAAUGUUGUUCAAUCGGAGUCUUUCAUCAAUUUAUUAAAGUGUACUGCCCGUUAUGGCCCUAGUGUUCCUAUUCCAAGUUAUUCUACCCUUCGUGGUAGAAUUAUCCCUGAAGCAAGAAAGGGUCUUGAAAAAUAUGCUGGAGAAGUAAAGUUGUCUUGGAAGGAAACGGAUUGUACCAUUAUGUCUGACUCAUGGACUGACUUAAAGAGGCGGUCUUUUAUUAAUGUCACUGCUUGUUCAUCGGGUGAUGCUCUUUUCUUGAAAUCAGAGGAAUGUUCUCAUGCUAGAGUGACUGGUCCAUCUAUCUUUGAUAUUCUGGAAGGAAGAUACCAUUGGUUGUUUAAGACUCGAUGUGCAGCUCAUGAAAUUAAUUUAAUGUUGAAGGAUAUUUAUGAGACUGUGAUAUGGGUUCAGGAAAUUUUUGAUGAAGCAAAAGGCUUAAUUGAUUAUAUGUAUAGAUCUGUCAUUGUCUUGCAGUUGAUGAGACAACUCACACACAAAGAUCUGAAAUAUCCUUGUAAAAUCAGAUUUGCUUCCAACUUCUUAAUGCUUCAGUCCAUUAUUGAAGUGGAAGAAAAGCUUAAACUCCUAGUUGCAUCAGCGGAGUAG